CACAAAUCUGCAAGCCCAAAACAAAACAGAACACAAAGAAAACAAACCCCCAAUAUGAGCAGAGGAAGCGGAGCCGGCUACGAUCGCCACAUCACCAUCUUCUCUCCUGAGGGUCGCCUCUUCCAAGUGGAAUAUGCUUUCAAGGCUGUAAAGUCCGCUUCCAUCACUUCCAUUGGUGUCCGUGGCAAAGACGCCGUCUGUGUUGUCACACAGAAGAAAGUCCCGGACAAGCUUUUGGAUCAGACCUCUGUCACCCAUCUCUUCCCCAUUACCCAGUACCUUGGAUUAGUAGCCACUGGCCUGACAGCUGAUGCAAGGUCCUUGGUCCAACAAGCAAGGAAUGAAGCGGCUGAAUUUCGUUUCAGAUAUGGAUAUGAAAUGCCUGUGGAUGUACUGGCCAGAUGGAUUGCAGACAAGUCACAAGUUUAUACUCAGCAUGCAUAUAUGAGACCUCUUGGUGUCAUUGCUAUGGUUUUGGGUAUUGAUGAAGAGAAAGGACCUCAACUUUACAAGUGUGAUCCAGCUGGACAUUUUUAUGGUCACAAGGCAACAAGUGCUGGACUGAAAGAACAAGAGGCAAUCAAUUUCUUGGAGAAGAAAAUGAAAAAUGAUCCUGCUUUUUCUUAUGACGAAACAGUGCGGACCGCUAUCUCUGCUCUGCAAUCUGUUCUCCAAGAAGAUUUCAAGGCUACUGAGAUUGAGGUCGGAGUUGUGAGAUCAGAUGAUCGAGUUUUCCAAGCAUUGUCAACUGAAGAAAUUGAUGACCACUUGACUGCCAUUAGUGAGCGUGACUAAUUAAAAUGCGGUAGAUGCUGCUCAAAGAAAAUUUGUGCUAGCAUUUGACUUUAUCGACUUGUGCUGUAGUUGUUCUUGGUGAUUGGGAGAGAGAGCCAGAGAUCUGUUAGUGGUUGAAGUUGUGUUGUUUCAGACUAAUGUUAUCUCAUGUUACAAUAUUGAACUUUGAAAUUAUUUAGUCAUGUUACAACAGUUACAGGUUCCCAUGGUUGUAUUUGUUUAUUUUACAAGAGCUCUCAUAUGCUGAACAAAUCUUGGGUGCUACUUUUAGCAAUAAGCAUAUGUAGAACGAAAUGUGGGAUGUUUAUCAUGUCAUUAUGACUGACCCACUGUGCUAAUCUGAUUUGUUGUCUCUGUCGAUUCAAAUAGCGUGUUUCUUGUUUUUUC